CCUCAGCCUGCUUGCCAUCCUGAAUUAUUCUACAGCUGCUGUUUCAGGCACCCGUGUAACAAAUCCUUCCCUUGAAAAAGUAAACAAAGGGGUUAUGAUCGUGAGAUGAAAGAAUAAAGUUAUGGCAGAGCUACAGAAGUGACUCAGAUGAAAAUGGGGAAGGCAUCAAAAGGCAGGGAGUGCCUAAUGACCAUAAACGACCCAGACUCAUGACCCUUGAAAACAUUUCCUCUCAGUCCUACGGCGGCUUCAAAAACAAGUCCUUCAGAAGAUGCCCCAUGAAUACGGAAAUGCGUCAGAACAGAAGGCACCUUCUGAAAUGUAGAUAGUGAAUCAGGCUAAAUCCAGGAUCCAUUUUAUUUAAUGGAUAUCUUGUCUUUCUGUAUUUGAUGGUGUGCAACAAUGUCAAAGCUACUGUACCAUUCAAGGUGUGCAUGACUUUUGUUGACUUUAAGGACACAUCUGUGUAGUUUUCUGGGCAACAGUAGUAAAGUGGAUUGCUGUUACCUUCUCCUGGGAUUUUUUUUUUUUUUUAAACUUCUCAGUGUGGUCUACAGCCCGUCCGUAUAUUAAGCAGACCCGAUCCUGCUUAGUUUCUGAGCCCAGAGGAGGUUGGCUACCUGCUGAGACAAUGUGAGAUGGAGCUCAAAGUAAAAGUUCUCUACGUAGCUAUUCAUUCCACUUAUUUUUAAGUCCAGCUUCUGUUGCGGUUGACUCAUGGAAUCCACCAGCCGUUGGAAUCCUGGCUUCUCUAACAGCAGCAGCUCUGAGGUAGCAUUAAGGAACAGCUCAAAUUCCAGCUCUCAGUUUACUAGUGUGCAGCUGGUCCAGUCUUUCAAACCUCUGAUCAUCCCCUGCUACACCUUGGUGGUGCUUGUUGGUAUCUUUGGCAACUACCUACUCCUUUAUGUUAUCUGCAAGACCAAGAGAAUGCACAACGUCACCAACUUCUUCAUUGGAAACUUGGCCUUCUCAGAUAUGUUGAUGUGUGCAACCUGCAUCCCCUUUACCUUAGCAUAUGCUUUCAGCCCCCAGGGAUGGAUCUUUGGGAAGUUCUUGUGCUACUUUGUGUUCCUGAUGCAGCCCAUGACUGUCUAUGUCUCUGUUUUCACUCUUACAGCUAUUGCUGUGGACAGGUAUUACACCACUCUGCAUCUCCUGAAGAAACGCAUCUCAUUUACAACUUGUGUGUACAUCAUUGGUGGGAUCUGGCUGCUCUCAUGUGCCCUGGUAGUUCCAGCUGUUGCCCACACCUACCAUGUGGAGUUCCAGAAAGAAGGCUUUGCCAUUUGUGAGGAGUUCUGGAUAGGAGAAGAGAAAGAGCACCUGGCCUAUGCUUACAGCACCUUGAUCAUCACCUACAUCCUGCCCCUUUCAGCGGUCUCCCUCUCGUACAUCUGCAUCACCAUCAAGCUGAAGAACCGUGUUGUGCCGGGUCAUCCAACACAAAGCCAGGCAGAGUUUGACCGGCUGAGAAGAAGGAAGAUCUUCCGCCUCCUGGUGUUGGUGGUGGCUGCUUUCGCUGUCUGCUGGCUCCCCAUUCAUGUCUUCAACAUCAUCCGUGACAUCAACAUCAACCUCAUCAACAAAGAAUACUUCCUUCUCUUGCAGUUGCUCUGCCACUGGUUCGCCAUGAGCUCUUCCUGCUACAACCCCUUCCUUUAUGCCUGGUUGCAUGAUCGCUUCCGAAGUGGGUUGAAAGAAAUGUUCACCUUCAAGAAGAAGAUAAUCCCUGCCAAUAAUUGUGUUGCAGUCAGUGUUAUGCUUUAGAUAUAGAUUCAAAUCCUACAGUAAGUAAGGCAAAGUCUCUUUUGAGUUGAGUUCAACUUCUUGUGAUUUCAUAGAGAUGUCCAUAUAGUUUUCAUAUAGUGA